UCUCGUAGGUGGCGUUUUGCACAGGGAAGUAGUACUCUUUCCUCUCUCUGUUUUCUGGCAAUUGCUUGAUGUGGUGUUGCCAAGAUUGGGAGAGUCUUUUCCAUCGAGGGUUUUCGUGUGUGUGUAUGAGCGCACUGAAAGGAUGAAUAACCCUAUACCUUCCAAUUUGAAGUCAGAAGCAAAAAAAGCAGCUAAAAUCUUAAGAGAAUUUACAGAAAUAACAUCCAGGAAUGGACCCGACAAGAUCAUACCUGCCCAUGUAAUUGCUAAAGCAAAAGGCCUCGCAAUCUUAUCUGUUAUCAAGGCUGGAUUUUUGGUAACAGCUCGAGGAGGAAGCGGGAUUGUACUAGGUCGUCUGCCUACUGGAAGCUGGUCUGCUCCUUCUGCAAUAGGAAUAGCUGGCCUUGGCGGUGGGUUUGAAAUUGGAAUCGAGGUAUCAGACCUUGUAAUAAUACUGAAUCAUGAAAGAGCUGUUGAAGCGUUUGCUAAAGGUGGCAAUCUUACCCUGGGAGGAAACUUUACAGUGGCAAUUGGGCCUUUGGGGAGGAAUCUAGAAGGUGAUGUAGCCUUGAGAAGCUCUGCUGCAGUCUAUACUUACUGCAAAUCUCGAGGGUUAUUUGCAGGCGUGUCUUUAGAAGGAAGCUGUUUGAUUGAAAGGAAGGAAACGAACAGAAAAUUCUACGGUAUGGACAUCCGUGCAAGUGCCAUUCUGUUUGGUGAUCUAUCACCUCCUGUUCAGGCACAAGACCUUUAUGAUAUUUUGGAGUCUUUCACUCUGCAGUAUGAAACUCUGGAAGGGAGAAACUGUGGAUGGACCCCAGCAGUAAAGGAACCAAGAAAGACUAAUGAGCACUCCUCAAAACCACAUUCACACAGGGCUUCUGAAAACUCCACGCCAGAAGCUGUAAGAGCACCAAACAAACUUUAUCCUGAACUUCCCAGUUACUCUGAGCUUCCCAGUUACUCUGCCACAGUGGGAAACUCGUGUACCAGUCCUGUGAUGGUGACAGCAGUAUAUCCAUUUGAAGGACAACAGCCAGGGGACUUGACUUUCAAAGCUGGAGACCAAAUCAAGAUAACAACAAAAACAGAUUCACAGUUUGAUUGGUGGGAAGGAUGUUUACAAGGCAGGACUGGCAUUUUUCCUGCCAAUUAUGUCACAAUGAGCUGAAGAUAAAGCAUAUUAAAUGGUGUUAUAAUUUAACCUACAUACUUCUGAAAUAUGCAACAGAUUAUCUAUUGUAUUGGAGGAUCUAAUCAAUCAUAUGUGUUGCACCUGCGUACAGAGGAGUCACAGGGAGACACCCCCUUCCCCCAAAAAACAUAAGUGCACAUGCAAGCAAUGCAAUCAAGUAUUGCACGGAAAGAGAGGUUCAUGAAUACCUCCCUGUCCCUAUCCAGUCCGUCUUUUAUGCAUUAUUGAAGGGCUGGGGUGGGAAAUAUGGGAGGUGCCCGUGCGUCUCUCAUUCCCCACAAGUACCCGCUUGUGAUGCAUCUAAACCUUUCCUUUCACCGGGGAAAUAAGCUGUUUAUUCCCAUGGGACUUCUUUGUGCAUGAACACUGUGCCUUUGCUUCUCUGUAUUUGGCCUUAUGUUUUUAACAGAUUUUUAAAAAAUAUUUUCAGAAACUUUUUUCAUAUAACUUUUGGUAAUGGAAGAAAUUACAAAACUGAUCAAAUGAG